UCUCAAAAGAAUCUCCAAUUGGACAGUUACUCGACAUUACAUCUGCUAAUAAGGACGCGAGUAUGAAAGAUGCCCCAAAUGCCACUGAUAUUGCGCAAAAGGAUCCCUUAAAAGAAACAAAAGCACGUGAUGAUAUUAAAGAUACAACAGUAUCAGCUGAAACAAAACAACAGUUACUUGCACAGGCAAUGGGACAAUUUAAUAGAUUGGAUGACAAAUUUCAAAGCUUACGUAACCGCAGGCCCGAACUUCUAGCGAAGAUUGCCUCGAUAGAAAAAAUGUGGCAUCCAAGAGAAGAUAUGACGACUGCCUUAGUAACUGAUCUUUUCAUGACAAAGGCGAGAUUAUUGGUGUCUUAUAGAAGAACAACAAAACUGGUCACCGAGUUGAUCCAUCAGGCGAAGAACAAAGAAAGAUCACAUGGGCUCCGGUGUGAAUCUAAGAACACUGAACCUGAGACAGAUGGUUUACAUGACAAACUACAAGCAGCUAUCAAAUGUGAGGAUGCUGAUAAUGAGAAAGCAACGAUUCACGACUCUAAACAAAUAGCGGCAAGUGGGUCUAAAUGUGGUGAUAACCCAACCCAAGAUGAACAACAACGAGAGAUUGAAAACAUGAGUUUAGCUAAAUUUAUUGACUUUGUCGCCAAGAAGAUCCGGGUGAACUACACCGAUGCUGCCGUGGAGCAACAACGAGAAUACGUAGAAGCGUUCGUACACGAUGUCAUUAAAACACUACAUGAGUUGUACCCUGGUAUUUUUGAUGUACAAAUGGUGAAAUCUGGUAGCUUCUAUAAAGGUUUGAAGAUUAUGAAUCCUGACGAAUUUGAUUUCCUUCUGUUAUGGGCACUCUCCGUGGAUAGUAAGAUCGACACGAACGACACACGUGACAUCCAUGGUACAAAGAGUGGACAAGUGACCUUGAAAACCGAUGCUUUGAUUGCUAUUUUUCAAGAACUCCACACUGAACUCGGUGAUGAACUAUCACAAGAACUGCCAGUGAUCGAUCCCAAGACCGGUUCAAUUAGUAUUUACGUCUAUGUUGUUUUCCAGAAGGCUGUGAUGAGAUGUCUUGAAUACAUAAACGGGAAAGAUGAUUAUGAGAAGUUUUCAGUAGACACAACUGGUCCCUCUGUUACAGUGACAUUACUCAAGGCCCCCGUUUGUCCAACUGAGGUCGAUCUGUGCCUCUGUGUACACCAUAAACACACUGAGAAUGGAAGACUGAUCCUGGUACCUGUUGACCCUAUUCGUCAAGACCAUUGUUCGAAUUGUGACUUUUCUGAUUCAGCGUUUCAUUGGACAAUGUCAAUUUGCGAGAAACCAGCUAAUAAACAAGGACUUGACGAUGCCCAUAGGCAGAUUGUGUUCGUGUUGAAGUAC